AUGCUAGCAGUAUAUGCAGCCAAAGGUGAUAAUGAAAACCCUCUGGCAGGUCUCACAGUUGGCCAAGUGCCCUUGCCUAAGGUUCCAGAGGGUUGGCAACGCGUUAAAAUUGAAGCCGCUACCGUCAACUGGCACGACGUUUUCACCCUAAAGGGCGUUGGCAUGCACAAAAUCACCUUUCCGAUUAUCUUGGGCUGUGAGGGUGUUGGAACUCUUGAAGAUGGAUCACGAGUCGUGAUUUACCCCGUCAUGAUCUCACCCGGAUAUAUUGGCGAUGAGACAAAGGAUGAAAAGCGCAAUGUCUUGUCAGAAAUUCGAGAUGGUACCUUGGCGGAAUAUGUUGCUGUCCCACCGGCCAACCUUUUGCCUCUACCUAAGGAAAUCGACUCGGUAUCGGGUGCUGUGCUUGGAAUUGCUUGGCUUACUGCUUAUCGUAUGCUCUUCACCAAGUCCGGACUGCGACCUGGUCAGACUAUGCUUGUGCAAGGCAGUUCAGGCGGCGUUACCACGGCUCUUAUCCAACUUGGUGUCGCUGCAGGAAUGCGUGUAUGGGCUACUGGUCGCACUGCUGAGAAAAGAAAGCUUGCAGAGUCUCUAGGCGUCGAGAGAACGUUUGACUCUGGGGAGACGCUUCCUACGCAAGUCGACGCCGUGUUCGAUACCAGCGGCACUGUGACUUGGAAGCAUUCAGUCGCCUCAGUCAAGACGGGAGGUACAAUUGUGGUUUGCGGUGGUCACAGCGGCUUUGAACUGCCUACGGAUGCGUUCCGUCUAUUGGUUGAUCAGCUUAGCAUCCAUGGAGUCUAUGCAGGCACGCUGGACGAGUUUAGAGAUCUUAUCUCGUUCGUGUCAGCGAGAAAGAUUAAGCCUUGUGUCGGAAAAGUUUUACCGUUGUCUGAGGGUUUCGAAGCCUUCAAAUCAGUACACGAGGGCAGGACUCAGGGCAAAGUGGUUUUAACAGUGGGUGACGUCGCCGUAUGA